CCAAGCCCCUCCCAAGUUUAGCUAUAUUGAUAUGAAUAAAGAAUAAGCUUAUUGCAUUGCAUGCCAGUUAAUAGGCAGAUAGUUUUGACUGUUGGCUGACAAGCCAUGUAGUAAGUGUUUUAUUACAUUCCAUCGUAAAUACAUUUUCACAAAUUUCACUUUUAUCAAGUAGAAAACCUGUACUGUAAACCAGUCAGUAGUACUAAGAAUGGAUUUAUUUAGUGAUUUAUAUAAGGAGUCCAGUAGUUUUGUCUAUUAUUUGAGACUUGCCAUUUAAUGCAUUUAUAACUUUAUUAUUUGUGAAGAAGUUUGGAGGUCAAAAAUGCAAAUCCCUGGAUGAGGCCAUUUUAAUUGCCGCUAACUGAAAUACCAUUUCACAUUUCUUUCACAAAAACCUGAAAUACUUAACACAACUAACGACAGAUUUUCACACUAUAUGUAUGGCUUCUAAUAUGUUAAAGACAGACUUCAAAUUUCUUAUGUAAAUAAUUUUAGCACAGUAUUGUGAACUGUUAUUGUAUUGUCAAUACGGUAUUUAAUCACCUAUUUUAUAAUUUGAUCUCAAGAUGACUUACUGAGGUUGUUUUUUUUUUGACAUCUGCAAACAAGCUAAUAGGAUAUUUAUAUUAUUUGUCUAAAUACAUAAAUGUUAUAUUAAUGACCACAAUUCAUCUGUAUAUGUCUUAAAUGCUCUGUUUAUUUUCCGAUAGAUUGUAGCGAUAGUGAGAGAAAUUUUCAAACUGCCUUUGUAAAGUAGGUAAAAAUUGAUCCAAUUUUUAAAUUAUCAUCAGACUGUAACAUCUGGACACAAAAUGUAAGGAAUAUAAAAAUGUUGAUUAUUAUAGGAUACAGUUUUCUUUUCUCAUUAAAAGUAUGCAUUACAACUGCACGCAAACAGAGUAAAUGGGUUGUAUUAUAUGCACUGUUGAAUGUUUUCCUAUCAUUCCCUGAAUUAUGUCGAUAAAGAAGUGUGUGUGUUGUUUGUUAUUGUCGAGGAUACAGCAUUUUGUAAUUCGUUGAUUUGUAAGUAAUACAUUAUUUGUUGAAACUGAAUAAUGUCAAUGUAUUAUUUCAUGGAAAUUUAGGAAGCUGUAAAAUAUUUAUUUAGAGAAAGAAAUAGUUAUGAUUCUUUGUUUCUGUAUCUCGCGAUUUUUUAAAUCUCAGCUUAAAAUAUUUGGUUGGAGUAUUUUGUACAUGCUCAGUAUAAUAUUAUAAUUUUAUUAGGUUAAGUACUUGACCUGCACCUCAUAGUGUCAGUACUGGUAAAUGUGUUUUUUAUUGGUGACGGGGGAAGAGAGGGGGAGGGUUGAGGAGGAAAUGGGAAUUUUGAUAUAAAUUGAAGUAAAUACAUUUAAUUUGCAAAUUGCUAGUUUCAUAGCAUACUUACCGAUUUUUUCAUAUCCUGUUUGGAUAUCUAUAAACUGUGCAGAUCCUAGUUUUUUACUGUUAUUUAUGGAUAUAAAUUUACAUAUUUCUCUGCCUUUUGUAUGACAGAUAGAAAAUGUUUAAGGUUAUUUUAUGUUUUGUGUAGUUUAAGAUCUGGUUUUAUAACAGUCUGCUUUAUAGUCGCUAGACUACAAUGAAAAUGCUGAUGUUGGGUGGCAGGUAUUGAAUAAAGUGAGAUAUAUAGUAAAGGUAUGUUUCAACAGUGAAAACUGAUAUGAAAUGGUUUACUAGUAUUUAUGGAAAUAAAACAAUACUUUAUGUAUUUCAGGUUUUAGUUAAGACAACAAGAUGAGCACAGACAUUGGAGCACUGGAGAAACAGUAUGCCAAACUGCGUCGAAAACAGCACCAUGCUUGUGUUGUUAUUUCAGGCAUCAAACCUGUACGAGCUGACACAGAUAUGAAAUUGGAGAAAGACAAUCCUAGAAGUCCAAACACAGUGAAAAUGCCAGGAGAUGAGGACCAUCAAGUUGAGGGUUCUGUAGCCAUGCUAACCCUAUCUGUUCCCUUGGAAACAGAAAAAAGCCACAAAGACCUCACAGACCCUAUUUCUCCCACAAUUUUUGGAGAUGCCAAGUGUUUUUUUGUCCAAAGUCUCAAAAAGAAGAAAACAAAAGAAAAACAUCUUGCAAAACAUUCCAAAAGAUCUGAUAAACAUGAUAACAAAAUAAAUGCAGAUCAUUCUGAUACCAUUGAAGACGGUGCAGAUAGUAAACCAUAUCAUAACAAAUCAGCAGCAAACAAUUCUAAUAAGAAAGGUAAACAAGUUUGUUUCAGUGAUGAAAUAAAAGCUGCUAAUGAAUCUCAACCAGAAGGCAAAACUUCAGAGGAAAACAACAUUCAGGAUGGGGAGAUUGGCACAGAGGAUGACAAUGAAACUGAAGAUCACGAAAUAGAAAAUCAUUCUGAAAAUUAUAAAGGUGUUUCACUAGGAAAUGAUACCUUAACUGAAGAAACUUGUUUGAAUGAUGCCAGUAAGGAAAAUGGUCAUACUGAAAGUAAAGUUGAUACAGAAUUUUGGGACACUGAAAUUAAUGCAUGUCUCAAUGAUAUAGAAACUGAGCAUAAACUACUGGAUAAUGUUGAACAAACUGAAGAAGCCUCUGGUUGUGACAUAAAUGGCACUAUACAGAAUAAGAAAAUAGAAGCACAGACCAAGCUUUCAGAUAAGAACAAAGUGAAAGAUGAUUCUAUAGAUGCAUCAACUGAACACCAUCCAGACAUUCUACAACCAUCUCAAUAUCAAGUGUUCAGAAAUCAAGCUGUUAAAUACUCCAAACAGUAUUAUCCUUCCAGUCAUAAAUCACACAAAAAACAGAGAACACACUCGGAAAGUGUUGGAAAUACAAACAAGCAGAGCAUUUACCAGCAUUUCACAAUGACAAAACGGCAGCUGAGUCUAGAUUCAGCAUUUAGUUGUGAAAGUAAUACGACUACGCCAACAAAAACUUUAGAAUUUCCUUUCCCAGUGCAUUCAGUCAACGAGCACAAGAUAAAGGCUGGUAUGAAACUUGGUCUCUAUGACCAAAAGGCUCUAGAGAAACUGGAAAAAACUAGAAAAAUACCAAAGACUAAAUUGCCAAAUCUAACAUUUGAUUGAUGCACAUUGCUUAUGAAUUGGAGACCUGUAGCAUAGGGUUCAUAUAUGUUUUAUUAAUAUACAGAAACUACAUUUGAAAGUAUUGUCACUAUAGAAAAUGAAUGAAACAAAAAACAGUUUAUGAACUAAUAAUGGUUCAAGGCAGGUUUAAUUGCAUUCUAUGCUUCCAAAGGAUCUGUCAUAUCUAUAGAUUGUAUUGCUUGGUGUAGAUUUAAACUAUUUCUUAACAUUAUUUCAAUAAUUUAACAACAGUCACUUGAAAAUAUGUGUUGAAUAAAAUCCAGUUACUUGCUGUUGUAGAAUCAAAAUGAUUAGUUGCAAAUGGUCUGUUAUAACUGUCUUUUCGAACAUUUAAAAUUUUAAAUACUUUAGAGUUAAAAUUUUGCAUCAGUCUCCUUUUUUAUGAAUAUGAAAAAGCAAUCUUUGGAAGGCUUUGAUUAUGGCUGUUAAUGAUUGAAAUUUUUUAACUGACAACCUUGCUGAUACCGUAAUAAUAUGCUAUCUAUAUAUCUACUGCCAGUUAUCCCAAAAAUUAUAUAUACAGUUUAUGUAAACUAUAUGAAGCUUUGAAAACCUUUCUAAAAAGUUUCUUGCACUGUAAAUACCAGACACUAUAUUUUUGAUUACACUAUAUUAUAUUAAGAAUAUACUAAAAGUAUUAAAUAAUGGAUAUAUUUCAGUA